AUGUAAAAAUGGCGCUAAAAUUAAAAUACACCGACGAGAACGGUGUACUCCACAUCGACAUGAGCCCAUCUGCGAGUCCCGUCGACAAACAAAUAGAAAUAUCCGAUCCGAAGUUCGACACGAUCAACAAACGCUUCGGACAGUACGACAUAUUCGGGGGGAAGUACGAAGAUGGAGGGGAGACCCAGUCACUGUUUCGAAGUAGAUACAACAGCUUUGAAGAGGAGCUCGCGAACACGCCGUACGCGUUCGCUACAGAACGAUCUCUCCGUCUAGACGAUCCGGUCCUAGACAUCACCAUCGAUUCCCGAUACGAUAUAUCGCCGUCCAAAGACAUAGAAGAUGAUCGAUUUUUCGAACGGGACGAUCUAUUCGGACCGAAAAUCGAUUUAAAGAAACAGGACACAGCGUUCACGGUGACGCAGUUGAUCCACGCGCAGGAUAGGUACUUCGAUCUAUCCUCUAGGACGAAAUAUGAGUCUGGGAUAAGCAAAGGGACAGUGCGGAGUAUAGCGGAUAGUUUCGAAGUGAAAAGUGCCCCGAGUUCCGCGAAAAGGACGGUCAGUGUUAAGACAGAGAGUGGCGAAGCGUUUAAAGUGUUGUCAGCUGACAGUGUUAAGGGAAGAGGAGCCCCUAAAUCUCCAGUGGUGUCCACGUCAAAGCGAAAAGGUGAAACAUCUUUUGCGAUCAUCGCCGAACCUUCUUCUCGCCCCACCAGCCCCAAGUCGCUUCCAGUUGAGAUCCGGCCUGGCAGAGUCUCACCAUUUAAAGGUCGAGGCUUUAGAGAAGAGACUUCAAGACACAAUACACCAAAAACUUCAGCUGCCAAUUCCCGAUCGAAUUCUCCUUCAAGAAGACGAACGAACUCAUUAUCACGAAUCGAUAAGAUGGCAACGACGGCCACUAUGCUACCGCCACCACCUGCGCAUAGACCGCCAAGAGACUUCCUCAAAGAAAAUAUGGAGGAAAUUAGGGAACUAAGUGAAUUAAACAGAGAAAAAAAUGAAGCUGAAGCAGAAAAAAAGAAAAGGGAUGAAGAAAUUGCUUUACUGAAAGAAAUGGGUAUAUUAGAUAAAAAGGGAGAGGUCAACAGUGGAGUUAAUUCGAGGUCUAAUUCACGGAGCAAUUCACCACCUAAAAUAAAUAUGAGAUCCAGAUCAAACUCACCGUCAGCGAUAUUACAUUAUGAAAAUAUACCAAGAGGAAGUUCUGAGUAUCUUAACAAAGAUGAUGGAGCUCCAAAACCUGUAACACAUAGGUCUCGAUUAAGAUCAAUAUCAAAGUCUCAACCUCAAUCAAAUAAUGGAUCACCGAAAAAUUCCAAAAUACCAAAGCGACAGAACUCCAUCUCCCCGUCCAGAAGCAAUUCAAGACAAUCUUUAGACAGAAAUUUAAAUCGCAAUCAAAGAUAUAUGUCUAACAGCACUAGCAGUAUACAUGAAACAAUAAGGAUAGGAAGUCAAGUUCAUGAUAAAAGAACAAGUCAAAGCACUCAGCAUCUGAGUAUUUCUCCAUCGCAUAUAAAAGGCAAGCCACCGAUUUCACCUGGAAAGAGCGGACCGCCGCCUUCGAAUAAAUCAAUUAAUCCGAAAAGGUUAUCUCCCAUAGUCGGUACACCAAGCAAAAGUCCGAUUGAAGAUACCAAGCCUGGAUCCGCCAAAGCACCAACUAGAACUACUCCAGCAGCUCGAAAGACUGCGAAGACGGCUGGUGCUACACCUGCUACCUCUAGAUUAAAUUCUAGACAACCUAGCAGUACUACCAGUCGGGAUCCCAGUCCAGACAAAAGAAAAGGGCCAGUUAAAAGUGUUACAAAACCUAGUAAUGGUACUGUAAAGCCAAUAUCAAGGACCACAAGUACUCGAACAACACAAAAACCUCCUGUGUCAAAUAAAGUAGAACCUAAAAAACCAGUUAGUCGAACAAACAGUGUAAAAAAUUUAAGCAGAGUACCAAGUUCAAAGACGCUUAACGAUAAACCUCCUUUAAGUAGGCAAGCUAGUAAAAAGGAUCUUUCAGAAAAGUCUAAAUCAACGAGUAAAAUAAAUGAAACAGGUACUAAGAAAAGUACUGUGGAAAAAAAAAUAUCAAGAAAGACUGACGAGAUUAAAAAUGUAGAAAUUGUAAAAAAACAGAAGAAAGCUGAAGAAAAUACGGCAGAUGCAAAUGUUGGUGAGGAGAUUAUAAAACAUGAUAACGGAACCCAAUACGAUAAAUUGACAAACGAAAAGGGUGAACUUGUAAUUCUGACUAAGAAAAAUAUUGUUUCUAUGACUACAGCGGCAAUCACAUCUCAACCUUUAGAAGUUGUCACAACAGUAACCAAUCAACUACCGACGACUUUUGAAAAGGCUAGAGAAAAAGGAAUAUUUGAUAGUUUGAAUUCAAAAGAUUCUUUAGUAGAUAAAGAAGAAGAAAAAGAAAUAGAAGAUAAAACAGACAAAGAAGAAAAAAAGCCAGUAAAGUCUAAAACAAAUCAAGAAAGAACAAUUUUUACUGAAGAUCAUGUAAGACUUAGACCAUUGCAACCGCCCUACAACAACCCACAAGUAGAGAGAGUUAAGCAAAAGAUUGACAGUAUAUUGAAAGAGCCUGAAAUAUCUACAGAAAAUAUUCUUGCCGCUGCUAAAGCAAAGGAAGCAAAAGAGGUUGCCGAAAAAGCAAGAAGCGCUUCAAGAGACGUCAAAACCAAUCUUCAAAAACAAGCUUUUGAUAAAUUAUCCGAAGCCCAGGACAAAAUUAAGAAAUCUGAAGAAAUGAGUUCGGAAAUUCGUACAGAAGCGGCGAAAAUCGUUGACAGCAUUAUGACACCUGUCGAAGAACCAAAAGAUAUAAUAGAAAAAUCAAAAGAUAUAAAGACUAUAGAACCAAUUGUGACAGUGGUUAAUGAGAAGAAAAAUGCGGUAAAAACUGAAAUAGUUGAGAAAAUAAAUGAAACUUUGGUACAAGGUGGACCUGAAUUGGAAGUUCUUAGUUCAAAUCUCUCAACACCUGGUGCAGAGAACAUGACGUUACACAGUAAAGCAGCCAAAGGAAGUGCAUCUGACAAGUCUCAUAGUAAUGGAGGAUACGGUGGCAAAGCUGAACUCUUGAGAUUCCCACAGAGCACAAGCACCACUCCAAAACCUCCCCCGAGAGCACAUCGAGAACAAAAGGACAAGAGCCCCCAAUCUGACGAAAUCAACGAUCAGGUGCCACCACCGAAACCAAACAUAUGCUCCCGAUUAAUGAGCAAAUGCAAGGCAAAGUGCUGUCCUUGCUGCGCCAAUGUACAAGAUGAAGGAGAAACAGAAAUGGAGGACCAUUUAGAACCGGUGGAAAAGAAAAAGUUUUGGAAAGAUAUGAACUGUUGUAAAAAGAAAGUUGCAGAGGAGGAUGUGGAAAUUGCAGCCGGGAAAGGUACAACAAUUGAAUUUGAACACGAAACCAAGCGCAAGCGCAAGUUGCGUGACAUUCUUUGUGCGUGCUGCCGCCGACGGAAGGUCGGCGACAUCGAGCCUCCACAGCACGCGGAGCCCUCACCUCCCGUCAUGAGCUCAGACGUGGUCCAAGAAACAGGAUGCUGUGGAAAGAAGAAGGAAAUAGAGAGGAGGGACAGCAUAUUGAGUGAUCAACCUCCGUCCAUUUGCUGUAAUAAUCGCCUUGGCCAAUGGAUCCGCGGCGCGUGUCGAAAGCAAUCGGAGCAAUCCUCGAGUAGAAGAACAAGUCUAUUUUCAAAAAAUAAGAGUCUCUCGCCAACACUGCCACCCGAGGACACCCGCAAGAAGUUAGAUCCGUCGCUGAUAGAGCACACGAGCGUGAUGCGUGGUGCGAUACCCGUGCUGCCGGCCGUGCUCGCCUACUUCUGUCUCCUGUGCAAUAUAUGUGUGCCUGGACUCGGCACAAUCUUCAGUGGUAUGUUUUGUUUAUGCUUUGGGAUUCCCCGAUUCGGCGUGCACGACGGCGCCAAACACAGGAUAGGAUCUUUCGUCAUCAACCUGCUGGUGGGGUGUGGGCAGCUGUUCACGGUUCUCUUCUGCCUGGUGGGGUGGGGCUGGUCUGUGUGGUGGGGCGUCAUCAUGGUCAAGACCUCGCGCAGGUAUCGCAAGCUGAAGGCGGAAGCGGAACAAGAGGCCGAGGCGCCGCCCGUCAGCGACAACAACCACCGCGCGUAGGCCCUCGGCGGGCGGACGCUGCAAGCGACGGACUGCGGCCAUCUUACACGGUUACGUAACAAAUCGAUCAAAUAAUUAUAUAACUUGCUUACACUGUGCUGAUAGAAGGUUUACAAGUUAUUUGAAUUUAUAUUUAUUUAAAAUACAUACAUAAAAGU